AUGAGCGCAUCGAAAGUUCUCCGGCCAAAAAGUGCGAGUCUGUCGCGAGUAUCCCUACUAACGGUCGAACAAUCGUCAGCCGUGUACGCUAUAGCUUGGGUUUUCAUCGUUCUGUUUCAUGUGGCUUGUGGCGCCUACCUUAUCUGCGCCGCGAUGACUUAUUGGUACCUCACGAAGGGAUCUAUGUCGUUCUACGUCUCCACUUGGUCACUCACAGGCAACGAGAACUACCGUUUGUACGGCGCCGUGUACGUCAUUGUCGGGGGUAUAUACGCACUUCAAGUGCUAAACAUCCUCAUCAUGUCGAUCGGGGCUUGA